GCUGAACCUCCCUCCGCUCCUUGUCCCUGUAUUCUUUCCGUAGCUUCCCCAAGCUUGUCGUUGCGCCGUCGCUUUCAGUUCAGAAAAAGCUAAGCGAAGAAGCAGUUAAAGAUCAUUCAUGUCAGCAUGGACCCUGAUCACCCACAGCUGAUCGGCGACUGCCUCAUUCAUAUCUUUACAUUUCUGACCGAGGAGGAUUUGAUCAGAGUUUCCAGUGUGUGCAAGGACUGGCAUGAAGCUGCAGAGACUCCUUGGUUAUGGAGGAGGAUGUGUCUGCAGCGCUGGAGUUUCUGCAACCUCUCUGUACUGGGGAAGGAACAAGUAAAUCACUCGUGGAAGACAUACUUCUUGAGACGGUGCCAUUUGGAGACGAAAAUGACGAAAGGUCAAUCAGGAGGAUACACCUGCAAAAGCCUCAGAGGGCACACGGGCAGGGUGGUAGGGUUGGUCUAUGUGCAGGGGAAUUCAGUCCAGCAGCCAGACCUCUGGAACAGCAGUGCCACAGUCUGCAGUGCUUCUACUGAUGGUACAGUCAGAGCAUGGAACGUCCAAAAUGGUGAGCGCCUGUGGUGCAGUCCUGUGCAGAGUCCUUUGACAGGAAUUGUAAGUGAUGAACAGCGUGAAGUUGUGAUCACAGCAGACUCUACUGGCCUCAUUAAGACAUGGCAAAGCCAGACUGGCCAAGAACUGGCCUCCUUUUCUACUGCCUCUCCACACUGUACAUUAUUACAGUACAGUAUAAACAAUGACUGGUUUGUGACUGUUGGAACCAGUCAGGGAUCUGUGUGCACGCUAGUUGAUUUAACUUUGACUAAAAAGUCCAGCAUCGUGGUGUGUGACACCUUUAGAGUGAACAUACUCCUAGUUUCACCUGACAAGAAGUGGAUUGCAGCUGGAACCAAGGACAAUGAUGAUUUAAGUCCAAAGGUGCUUUACACUGAGAGUUUGACCUCUCCAUCUGAGGACGAAGAUCCUCUGUGCCAGUCUGUGCCAGUCACUGGGUGCCAGGCUGCUGUCUUCAUACCCACCCAGCCUGCCAGGUUGGCCAUCAUCCACCAGGACCAGCACCCAAACAACAGAGCUCUCACUGUCUUUGAUGUCAGCAUUAAAAAGUCGAAGUACAAGUCCGAGAUUCAAGUCCAGCAGGUGGAGUUCUUCCCUCUGACUCUGAACUUGUGGCGCUCAGAUAUCCUUCUAGAGGCCAAAGACAGCAACCACAUAGUGCUGGCAGCUGGUGAACAGCUAUGGGUCUACUCACUGAAAGGAAUCCUGCUGGCUACCUUUAAAGAUCAUACUCUGCCGAUUUCUUCAAUAAGUGUGGAUAGUUUUCGUGUGGUGACAGCAUCUCAGGACCUUUCUUUACGAGUGCUGACUUGGAGAAAUGACAGAGACCGUGGUUUGACCCUGGAGAGCCAAUACCACUUACUGGGAGGCUCUCACACCAUGUCCAGAGCGUUCACCCAUGUUGCCUGUGACUACUCCAGCAUUGUGGCCUCAGUAGAAGGUAAUGAUGGGAAAGACGUCUUAAAAGCUUAUUCUUUCACCUCCUGAGCAUCACAGCUCCACUAUAGUGCCUGCAUGCAGUUUGCACAACCCACUGGAAGGAAAAACAUUUGAUUUUAUUAUGAAUUGUUCAUCAUACAGAGUAGACUUACAAUAGGAUGUUCUUUGGCGAGACUAUGUUUACAAAAAAGGGAAUGUAAUACAGAUAAACACUAUGGGAAAGGCAUUUAUAGACUGUGUGAACAAUGUGCUUAUUAAGAAAUAAGAAGUCGCCCAAGUGUAAGGAUAAUGUUAAAUAUCUACUCUUUUCGAGCUGAGAUAUGCAAGUAUUGAGUGUGUCCUGGCUUAAGGCAUAAUGCGUUGCAAAAUAUAUUCUUGUCAUCUGUUCUUUAAUAUGUUACAUCCACAUUCUGCUGAGGUAAAAUAAUCCUGAGGCAAGUUAGUUAUGUUUUUGUGACAAUAAACUAUAUACAAAUGUUCAUAUUAAGCCCACACUGACAAAUGUGUGUUUUUACAUAAUUAAUAAUUUUGACAAAAGGCACAAAAGCAUCAUUUUCUUUUCCACGCAGACAGUGCACCACACAUACACAAAUGGUAGCACUUAUGUUAAUGAAAUGGGAGCCAUAGCUGUCUCAUCUUCUCCAGUUGUCAUACAUCUCAUGUCCUCAAGAACAAACUUUAGGACUGCUGUCAUGGACUCAUAAACUUUUCUCCCUUCCUCUGAAUUAUUAUCCAGCUGUUGAAAGGAAAACAAGAUUCAGUAAAUGCAUUAAAUGGUGAAAACGA